AUGCUGGAUUCGCUUAAUGAUAGUGACUACUACUCAGCGUAUGAAGCCAAUUCUUCUCCCGUCAAAAAUAGCGAUGCUUCAAGCUUUAUAAAACUAAAUACCAUAGUUAGAAGACAAACCAGACAGUCAGUGAAGAAUCGGAACGAAGUUAUUGAAAUCCCGGAUCUGGAUAAUGAUAACGAUUGUAUAGAAGUUGAAGAGGGAAUUGAAAAAAAUAAUUCAGAUGGAUUUGAUUCUGAAAUACUUGGCGGUGGGUUCACCUUGGAAAGUCUAAGAAAUGCGGAGAAGAGCAUUCAGAAUUUGAAAAGCAAUGAAGAUGAUGUGAAAGCUUCUUUAAACGAUUUAGAAAUAAAAGAAGCUGAAGAAACGAAAAUUCAGGUUCCGAAUAGCUUGAUAGAGGACACAUCAGUGAAACCAGAUGUAUCAACCCCUGCUGAGUCUGUUGAUGAUAGUCCGAAUGUAGAUGUAGACCUUCAAGACAGUCCCAAAAAGUUGAAGAAAAAGGAUUCCCCUACUAAAAAGAGAAAGGCAAUUCUUUUAGAUGACUUUUUUGCUUUUGCUCCAGGUAAGAAGAAAAAGAAGACUAAGAAGACGUUAAAACGAAAACUUGACGACGUUGAAGUCAAUCAUGAUGGACAACUAGGCGCUGAUGUUGGUGCUAAUGCUGGCGCUGGUGCUGGUGCACUUAUUGUCGGUGAAGGCUCGCCUCUGGUAGGCCAUGAUUUGGUCGAUAGUGUAGAUGAAGCAGUGGAAUAUUCUAGUGCUAUAGAUGUACCAAAUGCUGUUGAAAACACUCAAACUGAAGAACUAAGUCCGAUAAAUUUGGAUAGGAAGUAUUUGGAGUCGACAGCUGAGCCCGAACCUGUGCCUAGUUCAAUUACUCCUUCGCCUUCGUCAGAUUCUUAUCAAUUUAGUGAAUCGAAUGAAAGCAAACGUUCUUAUCUACUUCAUCUCAAAGUGAAACUCCCCAUAUUGGAUAAUAAUAAGGAACUAGCGGAAUUCCAAAUUGCAACAAAGGGAAACGUUAAAUUUUCACAAUUGAUUCAAGAAGAUAUACUAUCGCGUAUACAAGGACACUAUCAAAAUUCCAUAAUUUCGCCGCCAGAUAUUGCUUUGAUUUGGGUUGAGGGUAAAACUGAAGUCAAGCCAUUCUUCAAGCCAUCUACCUUAAGAAUUGAACCAGUUCAAGUGGAUGAUGGUUUCUUCACAACGAGAUUGACUAUACUAGUCAUUCCUAAGGAAAAUGUUAAAAAUUUUACAGAUAUAUAUUCAGAAUUUGGAAAUUCUGCUAGCACAAGAUAUCUAUAUGACGAUGAUGAAAGUAAGAAACUGAAGGCAUUCCCUACAAGUGAUAUUGAAUUAAGUGAUGCAGAGGACGAUGAAAGGUUGAACAUAGACUUGUCAAAACCUACAGGAAGUAGAAUCGGUGGUGAGAAUACCACUAUUAUUGACAAAAUCGAUAGUACUAGCGAUGACCACCAAUAUUUUAUUAUCGGCUUAAAAGGGAGGGACAAUAAGCGUAUUGAGGUAAAAGUUUCAUCCACUACACCGAUACUGAAAAUUGCAGAAUACUACAUACUUAAGAAAGGUAUAACAAAUUAUGAUAUCAACACCAUUAAGCUUAUUUUUGACGACGAAGUCUUGCAUUUGAAUCAUACUGUUGGAGACACAGAGUUGGAGGAAGAUUUCGAGAUUCAAAUCGUUAUUCCUUAA